GAAGUCUCUGUAAUCUUCAAACUAAAUUAAGAUCCAAAUAAGAAAAGCCUCCAUUCUGAUUAUGGAUUCAGCCGAAACACCAGAUUCCGGCCACCGCCCGCCACCGCCACCUGACCGGACUCUUCCCUUCACCACAAAACUCAAACCCUUUUAUCUGUUAUCAACCUUGGUACUCCUUUUAGCAAUUUCAUUCAGUAUUAGCAAAACAGAUUACCACAAAAAACUCAUCCUCAGAUUAACCCUCUCACCAAAUACCAAUUUCCUUAAAAAGCUCCUAACUUUACUUCACCCAACAACCUUAAACACCCAAAAACAAACCUCAAAAAACCCAAUUCACACAACCCCAUAUUGUGUCCUGUGGAUGGCUCCAUUUCUUUCAGGGGGUGGGUACAGUUCAGAAGCUUGGUCUUACAUUUUAGCUUUAAAUGAACACUCACUGAAAAAAGAUUCAAUCUUUAAGUUGAAAAUUGAACAACAUGGGGAUCUUGAAAAUCUUGAAUUUUGGGAGGGUUUACCUUUAGAAAUGAGAAAUUUAGCUAUUGAGCUUCACCAAACAGAAUGUAGGUUAAAUGAGACUGUUGUGGUUUGUCAUAGCGAACCUGGUGCUUGGUAUCCUCCACUUUUUGAUACAAUUCCAUGCCCACCAAUAGGUUAUAGUGGUCAUUUUAAGGCUGUAAUUGGUAGGACUAUGUUUGAGACUGAUAGAGUUAAUGCUGAACAUGUGAAAAGGUGCAAUCUCUUGGAUUUUGUUUGGGUUCCUACUGAUUUUCAUGUGAAAACUUUUACUCAAAGUGGGGUUGAUCCAUUGAAAAUUGUCAAGAUUGUUCAGCCUGUUGAUCUUGAGUUUUUUUAUCCAUUAAAGUAUGAGCCACUAGAACUUGUGUCAAUAGGGAAUUUAGUGAUGCGGUCAUCUUUAACUGGAUUAAAUUUGGGGAAACAGUUUGUUUUCUUGAGUAUUUUUAAGUGGGAGUAUAGAAAAGGAUGGGAUGUUUUGUUGAGGUCUUAUUUGACGGAGUUUUCUGGAGGUGAUAAUGUUGCUUUGUAUCUGUUAACGAAUCCGUAUCAUUCUGAUGGAGAUUUUGGAAACAAGAUUAUUGAAUAUGUGGAGGAUUCGCAUUUGGAAGAACCGAAAGAUGGUUGGGCUCGAGUAUAUGUAAUCGAUGAACACAUAGCACAGGUUGAUAUGCCUAGGCUAUAUAAGGCUGCUGAUGCGUUUGUAUUGCCGUCUAGAGGUGAAGGUUGGGGUAGGCCUAUUGUGGAGGCAAUGGCAAUGGAAUUGCCAGUGAUUGCUACAAAUUGGUCUGGGCCAAUUGAAUUCAUGACAGAAGAGAAUAGCUACCAGUUGCCUGUGGAUAGAAUGAGUGAAGUCAGAGAAGGGCCGUUUAAAGGGCAUUUGUGGGCUGAACCUUGUGUCGAUAAGCUGCAAAUGCUAAUGAGGCAUGUAAUGAGAAAUCAUGAGGAAGCUAAGGCCAAAGGUAGGCGGGCAAGGGAUGAUAUGAUGAGUGGGUUUUCUCCUGAGGUUGUUGCAGGGAUCGUUAGUGACCAUAUAGAACGCAUUAUUGUUCGUGCAUGAUAAUUGUUAUGACCCUUUUUUGGAUUGAGAAGAGGAGAUUGUACGAUUUAUUGCAACAAUAUCAGCAUUUCUAAUCAAUGCUACUCCAAGGAUUGUUGUCCUGGCGGAUCUAGUGUCAUAAUUUGAUGAACAAUUUUCCUUGAUAGACGGAGAUGUGACAUAGAUCUGGAAGCUGAUGAAUCCAAUUUUGGAGUGAAAAGAGGUUCUACAAGGUGACAAUGCAUCGGAAGGUGUCCUGAGAAUCAAUUAACUGGAUGGCGCAAUCGACACUCAUAUAUGUUCUUAAAUGGAGUUGCUGUUAGAUAAGUAUGCAUUUCUUAGCUAAAACCGGAAUUAUGUUGGUAAUCAAGUUAUGUUCUUUGUGAUGAAUAUCAACAACAAAUGUCUAUUUUAAAGCUUAGAGCUAUAUUGGCCUUAUCAUGCUGUGGGUUGUUGGUUUGAAGUAGUAUGAGAGGAAACACAUGUUACCAACUAAUUUCUGUAAGUUAUCAAAAUGGAACGAGAAAACAAAAAAAACAGCAUUAAGGAGAAGCUCAAUCACUUCUAACACCGGUGGACCGAGAGUAUCAAGGGUGGAAGGAGGUAAGCAAAAAACCUCAACACUGUCCAAAUUUUAAUUUAACUUUAGUCCAAAGCUGGUAUCAACUGAAAGAGCAGUUCAGCUAAGUAAGACUAAUGUAGCUUAAUGCUUAUAGUUUGCUUCAUUCGCUACAUCAACAACUUGUUCAUUUAGUUUAUGUGUCUUUAUAAGGAGUUUACUGAUAAAAAGAAAGUUUUUACGAUGAGUUUGAAUAGAUAAUGAGCAACCAA